AUGAUUUCUGGAAGAGGGGGCUCGGGCGCUCGCGGUGGCCGUAUCCGACCGCCCCGUCGCUUCUCCAACGGUGACAGUAGCGACUUCGACGAAUGCUGGCGCAUGCUUCAGGAGGCCCUCCGAGAUAUACACAACAAGUGCUGCGGCCGUUUAUCGUUCGAGGAGCUCUACCGAGCUGCGUACAAGAUCGUGCUGAAGAAAAAGGGCGAGGAGCUCUACGAUCGCGUCAAGCAGUUUGAAGAGCAAUGGUUCGCCGAGCGAGUCAUCCCCAAGAUCGAGGUCCUCGUGACCAAGAGCCUCAUCAGUAUCGGGAUGGGCCAGUCAUCGAGCUCCGCCAACGAGAGGCGACAGACGGGCGAAAAGUUCCUCAAGGGAGUCCGAGAUACCUGGGAAGAUCACAACAUGUCCAUGAACAUGACUGCAGACAUCCUCAUGUACCUCGACCGAGGAUACACUCAGCAAGAUGCCAGCCGCGUCCCCAUCUUCGCAACAACCAUAGGGCUCUUCCGGGAUCAUAUCCUGCGCUCCUGUCUCAACGAAAACACCAGCCAGCUUGUCAUUGAUAUUGUCAUCUCUGUCAUGCUUGACCAAAUCAACAUGGAGCGGGAGGGUGACAUCAUCGAUAGAAACCUCAUACGCAGCUGCAGUCGGAUGUUUUCCUGCCUGUACGAAACCGAAGACGAGAGCGAGAGCCAGACGCUCUACUUGACGGUCUUUCAACCCCGAUUCUUGGCGAACAGCGAAAAGUUCUAUACGGAAGAGUGCCAGCGUCUGCUGAGAGACGCCGAUGCGAGCACGUGGCUGAGGCAUACGCAGCAGCGUCUGAACGAGGAGGUUGACCGAUGCGGGACUACCGUUGAGCUGGAGUCGCUGCCCCACGUCCUGGCCGUCAUCGAUCAGGCGCUCAUCCGAGAGCACCUGCAGGAAUUCCUCACCAUGGAGGGCAGCGGAUUGAGAUGGAUGGUUGACAACGACAAGCUUGAGAAUAUGGCUAUCCUGUACAAGCUCAUUUCUAGGAUCGACGAGAAGAAGACUGCGCUCAGGGAAACCCUGCAGAAGAGGAUCGUCGAGCUCGGUCUGGACAUUGAGCAGUCCCUACGGAACACCGACUUUUCUACAGCUCAAGCCGGCGAGGGAGAGGACGGAGGCGACGGCGAAAAGACCAGGGUACUCAACCCUGCAGCACAACAAACGGCCGCGGCAAUCAAAUGGGUGGACGACGUUCUCAAACUCAAGGACAAGUUCGACACCAUACUGAGACAGUGCUUCCAGGACGACCUCGUGAUGCAAACAUCACUGAGCAAGAGCUUCUCCGACUUCAUCAACAUGUUCAACCGAGCGUCCGAGUAUGUCUCGUUGUUCAUCGACGAUAACCUGAAAAGGGGAAUCCGGGGCAAGACAGAGGCUGAAGUCGACGCAGUGCUGGAAAAGGCCAUCAUCCUCAUCCGCUAUCUACUGGACAAAGACCUUUUCCAGACGUAUUACCAGCGUCAUCUCGCCCGCAGGCUGUUACACGGCAAGUCUGAGAGCCAUGAUGUCGAGAAGCAGAUUAUUUUUCGCAUGAAGCAAGAGAUGGGUCAGCAGUUCACAACCAAGUUUGAAGGCAUGUUCCGAGAUCUCGUCACGUCGUCAGAGCUCACAGCGACGUACCGCGAGCACAUGAACAACGUCGGCGGCGGCGACAAGACCAUCGACUUGAACGUCAACGUUCUAACGACGAACUACUGGCCUCAGGAGAUCAUGGGACGCAGCGCAGCCAUCGGGGAGGGCUCCCGUGUGUCGUGCAACUACCCGCCUGACCUGAAGCGGGUGCAGGCCAGCUUCGAGCAGUUCUACCUCUCAAACCGCAACGGCCGGAAACUAACUUGGAUCGGUUCUACGGGCAGCGCCGACGUCAGAUGCACCUUCCCUGCCAUACCCGGAAAGUCUGGGCCGUUGGCACGAGAGCGCCGCUACGAAAUCAACGUCCCAACCUUUGGCAUGGUGGUGCUGUUGCUCUUCAACGAGCUGGAAGAUAACCAGAGCUUAUCCUUUGAGGAGAUCCAAGACAAGACCGGGAUCUCGACUCAGGACCUGAUGAAGACUCUGACGGCGAUUGCGGUGGCACCAAAGUCGCGCGUGUUGCUCAAAGACCCGGCCAGCCGGUCGGUCAAGGCAAGCGACAAGUUCUCAUUCAACGCGUCUUUUGUGAGCAAGACUGUCAGAAUCAAGGCGCCCAUCAUCAACGCGGUGUCCAAGGUCGAAGACUUGCAGGAGAGGAAAACGACGGAGGAGAAGAACAACCAGACGAGGGCUCACGUCAUCGACGCAGCCGUUGUGAGAAUUAUGAAGUCCCGAAAGGAGCUCAGCCACGCAAACCUCGUGAGCGAGGUCCUCAGCCAGCUCUCGUCUCGAUUCAAACCGGAAGUGUCACUGAUCAAGAAGCGCAUCGAGGACCUCAUAGUUCGAGAGUACCUGGAGCGGCCGGACGAGGAGGGCGCGCCGUCCAUGUACCGCUACGUGGCGUGA